CUUCGCUUAAAAGACAGUCAAAUUGCUAACGACCAAGAGCACUUGCAAAGCCUCACUGAUCAAUUGAAGGUUGCAGCGAGCGAAGCCGCGGAAAUUCAGCAGCGUUGUACUAAGAUGGCGGAAGAAAGAGCCAAAGAAAUUCAGGAAUUUAAGCAUCUCCAGGAGCAGCUUAAGGAGGUCUGUUUGAAAAAUGAAAGGCUUACAGUGGCUCACCACGCAGCUGAAACUGAUGCAAGAAUUCUCAGAGAAGAAAUGGAACUUCGAAAGAGGGUUCAAAAUGCUGAGAUGAAAGAACUUUCUGCAUUAGUGCAGCGUGAGUCAACUCAGGAAGCUGUAGCUAUCUUUCGGACAGAGAUUAUGCAGGUUUUGCGAGAAAUUCAGCUGGAGUAUGAACAACGUUUAGAGGCAGCCCGUGCAGACAUUCACUCAGCCUACGAAGUAAAGGCACGUGUGCUUCGAAAAACAGGGCUGACAAGUGGAAAUGUGGGGGUGGGAGGUCAGACACCCUCUGAUAAAAAUCUCCAACAACUUGUCGAUGAGCAGAAACAGAAAAUCAGAAUUCUAGAAGAGAAUAAUGCUCGAAUGGAGAGGACAAUACGAGAAGUAAGAGGAACUCUUCGGGAACGAGAGAGAGAACUGGAGACAGCUAAAAAUCGAUUUGAAAUCGAGUUGAGUGCCAGUCAAGGCGAACUUCAAUGUCUUAAAACUGACUUUGAGGCCCUCCUAGACUCGAAAAUCGGUUUGGAACUGGAAAUUGCCUCUUAUAGACGUCUCAUUGAACGCGAGGAGGAAAGACAUUCAUUGGACUCCUCUGACUUCGGAAAACUUCGUCUAGAACCACCGAAUUCUAAGCCAAGGUUCUACAGUCACACAAGAAGCUCCAAAGGCAACGUCUGUAUCAUUGAAUGUGCUGUCGAUGGUACCUCAGUAACAAUAGCAAAUAUUGGGUCGCAGAUUUGGUCCGAUGGUUGCAAACCCGCUGAUGAAGAAGGCUUAGAACUGAGUGGAGGCAAUAGAUGGGAAAUGGGUGCCAGUACUAGAACGGCAUUAUUGUCGCCAAAUGGAGAGGUUAGUUUUGACCACCUAAAUACCCAGUUAUUUGCCGAAGGAAAAUCUACUGUUCCACCACCCCCCCCCAAAAUUGAGCAGAUUUUUUAA